AUGCAUCCCUACUCCCCAUCACCGAGACCACCACCAACACCACCACCACCACCGCCACCACCAACUCCAACACCAAAACCACCACUUUCACUACCAUCCACACCUACACAUCUACACUCACGUCCACCUGACUGUCACACUCCGCCUCCACCACAACCUCCUUCUCCAUCUCCUCACUCACCGCUUCCACCACUUCAUCCAACUCGUCAUCCAUCUCUUCAUCCAACCCUGUACUCUCCACAUCCGAGGAUACACAUCUCCUCAUCUCGCCUCUUCAACACACCAUGA